GUCCUACCAUCAAUAUUCGUCCUCUUUCCUCUUCGAAAUGUCUAAGUUCUAUGAUGGCCUUGUAGAUGAGUUCCAGUCAUGGUGGUGGGCUGGUUUUGCGGUGGUUCUGGCCUUGUAUUAUGCAUGGCUGAUGACCAAGAAAUCAACAAGAAAGCUGCCGUUCCCACCAGGUCCGCCAGUCCUGCCUCUAUUAGGAAACCUUCCCUUUCUUCAACCUGAUUUAAAUCACUACCUUACUAAAUUGUCUAACACUUAUGGUCCCAUCAUGAGGCUCCAACUGGGCAGAAAGAUUUGUAUUGUCAUAAGCUCCGCUUCGCUCGCCAAAAUAAUCCUAAAAGACAAUGAUGCAAUCUUUGCUAACCAUGACGUUUUAGCAACUUCGAAGAUUCUAUUUUAUGGUGGGAUUGAUAUUGUUUUCAGCCCUAAUGGCCCGCAAUGGAGGAAGAUGCGAAAGAUUUUUGUUCAUCAACUGAUGAGCAAUGCGAGCCUUGAUGCCUGCUAUGCACUUCCCCAACAGGGAGUACGAGAAAUGGUGAAGGAUGUGCAUAGCAAGGCCGGUUCCCCCAUUGAUAUCAGCGAGCAAAUGUUUAUUAUGGUGCUGAACGUAACGAUGAGCAUGGUAUGGGGUGCUCCGUUGCUUGGGGAGGAAAGGAACAGCAUAGGGCCCGACCCCCUCUCCCCAAUUCCGGCCAUCACCACCAUCCGCAUCGUCACCGUCACCACCAUCAUCAUCAUUGACCAUCACCUCCAGUUUCGAUCUCCAUCUCCAGCAGCUGUAGAUGAGUUCCAGUCAUGGUGGUGGGCUGGUUUUGUGGUGGUUCUGGCCUUGUAUUAUGCAUGGCUGAUGACCAAGAAAUCAACAAGAAAGCUGCCGUUGCCACCAGGUCCGCCAGGCCUGCCUCUAUUAGGAAACCUUCCCUUUCUUCAACCUGAUUUAAAUCAAUACCUUACUAAAUUGUCUAACACUUAUGGUCCCAUCAUGAGGCUCCAACUGGGCAGAAAGAUUUGUAUUGUCAUAAGCUCCGCUUCGCCCGCCAAAAUAAUCCUAAAAGACAAUGAUGCAAUCUUUGCUAACCAUGACGGAGUACGAGACAUGGUAAGGGAUGUGCAUAGCAAGGCCGGUUCCCCCAUUGAUAUCAGCGAGCAAAUGCUUAUUAUGGUGCUGAACGUAACGAUGAGCAUGGUACGAGGUGCUUCGUUGCUUGGGGAGGAAAGGAACAGCAUAGGGCCCGAGUUUAGACGGUUAGUAAAGGAGGUUGUUGAAUUGGCCUCAACACCCAAUAUAUCUGAUUUUUUCCCAGUCUUGGCUCCAUUUGAUCUUCAAGGAAUCAAGUCAAAAACGAAGAAGAUUCUUCUUUGGUUCGAUCAGAUGUUUGAAUCAGUCAUAGCAGGCCGAAUGAAGGUUAACGCCGGAUACACAAUCCCUCAAGGCUCCAAAAUCUUGAUUAAUUUAUGGAAAAUUCAGAGGGACCCUGAGGUUUGGGAAAACCCUUCGGAAUUUGAACCGGAAGGUUCUUGAAAGAGCCAGAAAAAGGUGAUUACCAUGGAAACUUUUUUUAUUUUCUUCCCUUUGGGUCUGGGAGGAGAAUUUGUGCGGGACUUCCUCUAGCUGAGAGAAUGAUGAAGUACGUGUUGGCUACUCUGUUGCACACUUUUGAAUGGGAAAUACCGAUUGAGGUGUAAUAAAGUCUCAACUUGUGA